CCUUAAUCGAAACGUAGGGAGCACAACGACUAAUAAUAUUAGUAUUACCACGGAGCUACGUGUAUAAAUACUCGUAUUCGAUAAAAGUAGAGUAUUUAAAAGAAUCCAACGGUGUGCCGCCGAACCAUUUUCUAGUGCUUCGCCUUCAUAUCCCAGCUUCCAAUUCUCUCUCUUUAGCUUCUAGGGUUUUCUACUUUUCUCUCUAAACUCCACAAUGAGUCGUCAUCCUGAAGUUAAGUGGGCUGAGAGGGCAGACAAAAUAUACCUUACUGUGAUGUUGCCUGAUGCAAAGAAUCCAAAGGUUAAUCUGGAACCUGAAGGAACUUUUACUUUCACUGCUACUGGUGGCGCUGGUGAUAGCGCUUAUGAACUCAAACUUGAUCUUUUUGACAAGGUCAAUGUGGAGGAAAGCAAAAUUAAUUACGGGGUCAGAAGCAUAACCUGUAUUCUGAAGAAGGCAGAGACAAAAUGGUGGAAUAGGCUUCUUCGUGGAGAUGUUAAGCCUCCACAUUAUGUGAAGGUUGAUUGGGACAAAUGGGUAGAUGAAGAUGAAGACAACGGUACUGCUCCUGCAGACUUUGAUCUUGGUGGAAUGGACUUCUCGAAAUUUGGAGAUUACGGUGGUGGUGAGGAAUUUGAUGAUGAUAGUGAGGAUGAUGACCAAGUGUUAAAAUCAGAAGGAGGUGUUGAACACGCUGGAACUUCCGGGGCUGAUGAGAAAGUCGAGGAAGUGGCUGCUGCAGCAAAGACUGAAUCUACGAGUGGCGCAUGAGGCGCAUACUUAGAUGGAAUGCCCGCCCAGCCACACGCUUGUGCUCUCUUUUAGAGUGGUUUGUGACGAGGACUGAGCAGCCUUUCUUCAUCUUUGGAAUAGAUUUUGCUUCUGUAUUUUGGGAGGGACGGAUUUUCUGUGUGCAUUUCUUUUCCCUGUAAUCUGGUAGCCGUAGGCUUACGCAGGUUCAUAUGAAGCAUACAAGUUAGGAAUUUUUAGGCUGGAUCGAUAUUGGAUUUCUAUCUAUGACUGCUGGUUCUCUUCCCUAAAUUAAUGUUUCACAUUUUAACAUAAAUUCACUAUGGUCAGUUUCAUUUUAUGAUCUUA